AUGCCGUCGCCAUCAGUCAUACUGGAGCAGUUUGGUACUCUUUUUGUCAUUAUUGCGUCGUCUUACAUUCUUAAGAUUAUUUAUUACCGAAACAACAUCCGCGACCACAGUUCACUUGUUAUGAAAGUGCUCUUUAAUUUGGCCUUUCCUUGUGUAAUUUUCAGGUCGCUUUCAAACACAAGAACACUCGACAUCAACUCGCUUGCAAUGUUCAUUUCCGGUUUUGUUCUUCAAACAAUCCUUUCCGUCGUCGCUUUCAUUCUUUUCAAAUUCGUCUUAAAAUGUGAAGUACCUUGGCAGAUUGAAUUUGGAGGGUGUGUCGGUCUUAAUAUUGGGCUCUUCCUAUUUCCCAUUCUCGAAACUUUUGAUCCAGAAAACGGGAUAUCGCAUGCAAUUCUGUUCAAUGUGAGCAACGACGUUGCGUGCUAUUUUAUAUUAAGGCCAAUAUUUGCACUGAUGGAGGGCACUGCGGAAAAGGAUGACAUCGACAUCGAAUUGGCAUCUUUAGGAACUGAAAUGGAAAACACUCCAGACUCGGGUUCAAUGUUCGAGGACAAAACUCCAGUAACACACCCAAUCUCAACACCACUCGAACAAAACAGUUUGACUCUUGAGACCCCACGAGAGAGUGGGGAAAUUACAAGAGACUCUAUUGAAGUUAAUAGAGCCAAUCCCACGAUCGAUGUCAAAUAUGGAGAUAAAAAGACUGAAUUACAAAAAGCCCCAGUGAGCUGGAAAUAUAUAUUCAUGACCAUUGCAAAAAGUAUUAUCACAUGUAUCCCACUCUAUGUAAUGCCAAUUGGAUAUACCAUUGGUCUAAAAAAUAUAGAAGUACCACAUUUCAUGAUGAAAGUUAUUAAUACAGUGGCCGGUGGUAACACUUUGCUGUCAUACGCAGUGCUUGGAUUUUUUUUCGAGUGGAAAAAUAAGGCUCGAGUGUAUUUCAUUUCGUUGAGAGUGUUGGCAAUCAGAUAUGUCACUGCACUUAUUGUUGGGGUUUCCAUAUUCUUUAUCACAAAAAAUUACAUUUCAUUCAUGACAAGAUUCAUUAUUAUUCUAUGUUGUAUAUGCCCCGCACCAUCACUUAGUGUCAUUUACUCAAUCGAAUAUCAGACGGCGAGACUCGACGUCACCGCAGCAAUUGUUGGUAUUUCCGUUGGUGUCUCAUUUGUCAGUGUGUUGGCUUUGUCUCUCAUUUUUCUUCCAUAUAACUAA